UCGCAAUCUCCGCAACGACAAUCCAGCGACCCUCUCCUUUGAAAGCGCCGUCUCCUCCCUUUCAUCUCCCCACGCCGUCCGUUCCCCUGUCUCCUCCCUCUCCCUCCUAAACCCACCCCUCCUUUUCUUCCCCUUUCACCCACCCGCCUACCCGAACCCUCUCCAAUGGCAGCAAACAAGAAGAGAGAGCGAAACCUCAUCGCAUACACCGGCGCCGCCGCCGUCGCCGCCGUCGCCAUCAACCUCAUCGUGUCCGCCGUCAACGCCCACAGAGAAAAGCUCAAGAAGAAAAAAGGGCUCGCGGGGACAAAUGUGCGAAUCAAUCUCUCCGCAUCCGAGAUCAAGAGACUGGCUGAUGAUAUUAUCGCGAAAUCGAAGGAGGUUUAUGAUUCUGUAGCUUCGGUUCCCCUCGAGAAAGUUACAUAUAUGAAUGUUAUAGCGCCGCUGGCAGAGCUCGAAGCAUACCAGUUUCCCUUAGUGCAGUCUUGCCUGUUUCCGAAGAAGGUGUCUCCUUUAGAAGAUGUUAGAAAAGCGAGUUCCGACGCUGAAAUAAGAUUGGAUUCUUUCUUUUUGAUGUGUAGAAAGCGUGAAGAUGUAUAUCGUGUCAUUAAGGCAUUUGUUGAAAAAGGAGAGUGGUUAGGCCCUGAAGCCAAACAAUAUAUACAGUGCUUGGUUAGAGAUUACGAACGGAAUGGUAUUAACCUAACUUUGAGCAAGAGAAAAGAAUUGGAGUAUUUACGUUCUCGUUUAGACAACCUAAGUGCACAGUACAUCCAAAACUUGAAUGAGGAUAACAGCUUUCUUCUCUUGGGCGAUCAUGAGCUGGCUGGAAUGCCUCCAGAAUUCAUAAAGAGCUUGGAGAAAACUGAAAGUGCGAAGCUGAAGGUCCAUCUGAGAAAUCAUCAUGUUUCACCAAUACUUGAGCACUGCAAGGUGGGCGCAACUAGGAAACUAGUUGCUGUGGCUUACAAUCAAAGACGUGGAAAAGAAAAUCUUGUUGUCUUGGAUAGUUUGAUCCAGUUGCGGCAUAAAUUUGCAAGAUUACUUGGUUAUUCUAACUAUGCCGACUUUGUUAUUGAACCUAGAAUGGCAAAGAACUCUGCAAAGGUCUUUGAAUUUUUAGAGGAUAUCUCUGCCAGUGUUACUGGGCUGGCGAACAUAGAGCUCAGUAUGCUUAAAGAUUUAAAGAGAAUAGAGGAAGGGGAUUCUCCUUUUGGGAUGGAGGAUCUUUUGUACUAUAUGAAGAGAGCUGAGGAACGACAUCUCAAUCUGGAUCUAGGAGAAGUGAAGCAGUACUUUCCUUUCAACUUAGUCCUGUCUGGGAUUUUCAAGAUCUUUCAAGAUCUGUUUGGCUUAAGGUUCGAGGAAAUUAGCAAUGCUGAGGUUUGGCAUGGAACAGUCUGCCUCUAUUCUAUUCUGGAUUUCAGCACAAGUGAGCUGUUAGGUUAUCUGUACCUAGAUAUGUUCUCCAGAGAAGGAAAAUAUACUCACACAUGCAUUUUGCCCCUUCAAAAUGGAUGUCUGUCUGGUGGAACACGUCAGAUUCCAGUUGCAAUACUAAUAUCUCAGUGUCCAAAACCAAUUGAUCAAAAUCCAGUGUUAUUGAGAUUCUCUGAAGUUGUCAGUCUCUGCCAUGAGUUUACUCAUGUGGUCCACCAUAUAUGCAAUCAAGCAACUUUUGCUAGGUUUUCUGGGUUACGCAUUGAAGCCGAUUUCAGUGAAAUUCCUAGUCAACUGCUGGAGAACUGGUGUUACGAAGGUGGCUGUCUCAAAAUGAUGUCCGGUUUCCAUCAGGAUAUUACAAAAUCCAUUACAAGUGAGAUGUGUAGAGCCUUGAAAAGACGACGAGAUAUGUUCUCUGGUCUUAAAUUGAAGCAAGAAAUUCUUUUUUGCCUUAUUGAUCAGAUUAUACAUUCAAGUGAAGACGUGGACAUAGUAGAGUUACUCAAGGACCUCCAUCCCAAGGUUAUGUUAGGUAUACCUUUGUUGGAAGGGACUAAUCCCGCCUCAUGUUUCCCUCGCUAUGUUGUUGGCUGUGAAGCCAUUUGCUAUAGUUACCUUUGGAGUGAGGCUUUUGCUGCUGAUAUAUUUGCAUCAAAAUUCAAAGAUGAUUUACAAAACCAGACUGCUGGCCUUCAGUUGAGAAAUAAGGUACUAGCACCAGGAGGAGCUAAAGACCCCCUUGAGAUUCUAAGAAACUAUCUGGGAAGAGAACCGUCUAUUGACUCAUUUAUAGACAGUAAAACCAGGAACAGCUGGUAAAUACUCGGUCAUGGCAGGACAAUUACCAACCAAAGAGUAAAACCUGAAGCAAAAAUUGUCAGGUCAUCAAAGAGAUUUGCUUUUGUUGUGGAUGAUGCGGA